AUGCUCGACGACAGUAGUAGAGAAAGCGGACGCAUCCGAGAGAUGCUCAUCGAGUUUGGCGUUGCACCCGCGAUAGCCCACGAGGCCUCGAUGCGAUAUUCGAAUGUCGAGACCGCCGCCAAUUGGGCCUACGGCGACGGCGCUAACUGGCAACCACAACAGAAUGCUCCUAAGGACCCAUUCAAUUCAGGCGUCAUGGGCCGAGCGCCAUCACCAGUACGGUACCCGUCACAAGAGCCACAGCCGUUUGCGAGCAACAACCCGUUCAACCCCGCCCCUUUCAACGCCGCCUUCCCUCCUGCCCCAACCGGUGUUCCAGGCAUGGCACAGGACGACAUCGACCUGGCGAGAGCAUUAGCGAUGUCGACCGAGGACGACCGCGCCGAGCGCGAGCGUAGCGUGCGUGCCAGUGGCCCACCACCUUCCCCUGGCCCUGGACGUAUGGACGACGAACCGACGUUUGGACCAAGCAACAAGGACGACCCACAGGGCUCGUUGGCCAUGGUCCGCACUAACACGGAUAACAACAACGACAAGGAAGAGGCCGACUUACAGCGCGCUCUGCAGGAGAGCAUGAUGACCGCAUCAUUCCACUCUGCGGGCGAUGUCAGCGACGAUCGCCCUCCUCCAACAGAGCGCGAUCCCGAUAUCCCGCUCGUGUAUGUCGCACGCAACGAGCUCUCGUGGGCGCCCAACCUCUUGCAGGGCCUCGCAGCUGUGCCACAGCUCAGCCGACUCACAAGACUUGGCGACGACCCGUCUGACCCCGAGCUAUUCCAUAUCCUCCGGACCCUGUUGGCCAUGCAGAACCCGAACGACUACCCCAACAAUUACCAGCGCGUCGACCGCGAGAUCGAGGCUCUCAACAACACAACGGGCGUCAGGACGACAGACGUGUGUCUGCCACCCACGAAUAAGUGGAUGUCGCACUUUCCUCAGAUCCUUAAGGACGUUGUCGAAAGCCGCGUUGCGCUAGUCCAGACCAACCCAGAUCACGAGCUCAUGGAUACGCUUUUGAGCAUGAGGUUUCGGGACGUGCUACAAUGCCCUGAACAGCUCUUAACCACACUGUUGCAGACGCGGCCCACAGCAGGGCAGACACACGUCACGAUCCAACGCACGCUGUCAGAUCCCACAGACAUCCACGGCAAUCUGUCGCAGAUCAUAUGGGGCAACAAUGACUCCAACGAGUCGAUCCUCAGCAUGGCCGAUGUUGUCUUCGUGGCGUUGCAGCGCGUGGCGGGUGUGAGAGCAGAGAAGUGGACGUUUGACGAGGAGGUCAUCCUAGACCGGUACAUGUCAAGCAACAUCGCUUGGGCGACACAGAUGCGCGCCCAGGAGCAUCUAAUGAAGACGGACCUGCAGCGACUACAGGACCAGAUUGACACGCUGUCAACCUUCCGCGGCCAGAGCCUGCCGGACGCCGUUGCUGCCUUGCUCAAGGAGCUCGAGCACGACUCGGAGCAUGGCGGGCGUGCCGAGAUCAGGCGGGAGCUCGAGCGUGUUUCGGGGAACAUCGCCGCCAAGUUGACAACACUCAAGACGCAGGCAGAGGCGAUGCAGACGGACAUAAAGGAGGGCUUGUUCGCGACAAACGACGAGGACAAGAACCAGCACAGGUACCGCCUGCGCUCGAUCUUGUGGCACGAUGGCUUCACAACGCCUGGCAACCACUUAUAUUCCUACGUGCUAUGGAAGGCCAACUGGUGGAAAAUCGAGGACGCAGAGGUCACGAAGGUGGACUUUGAUGCCAUCCAGAACGACAAGACGGGCGCGUUCACGGACGGUGGCCCGUACCUACUAAUCUACUCACGCUCCGGCGCUCGGCCACAUGGACACUCUCGAGACGAGCCGCAUGCAGCCGACGAGGAGCAGAUGGACAUCGAGUCCACCUUGGGAUCGACGGGUACGCUCCCAAUCGCCCAGAGGGGGGCUGUGCGGCUGGCGGCUCUGUCGACGGAAGAUGACGAGGGCGUUGCGAGAACGCCGCAGGACGAGGACUUAGUCAUGGCGGAGAUGGACGCGGCGCAGCACCUGCAGGAGCCAAAGAAGCGGCCUCUGUCGCCCCAGGCCAAGCCCUUCCACCCGUCACCCCUGUCACCCCUGGACCAGCAUCCUCAGCAGGAGGUCGACAUGCAGGAGGCGGGGCCACUCCGUCCCGAGCCACGCCAUGCCCAUACGACGACGGAGGACAAGGGCGACUGGGAGCUCGUGGAGAACGAGUCGGACGAGAAGCCAGCCCCUGUGCACCGCACGACGAUAUAG